ACUUCAAACAUUUUUCAAAUCUUGAGAGAGAGAGAAAAAGUGAGCGACUCUAUAUAUUUAGAAAGAGAUCAUCACUCUCCUUGUUACUACUAUACGUAUACCUGCAUCUGUAUCUACAUUCGCAUAAAUCCUAGGGUUUGAUAUACAACAGCUAUUGAUGUGUAACUGAUUACAGAUCCAACUAAUGGAAGAUUUAACCGUCAACGGCGGCAAUAACAUCGCCGGAAAUGUACGCACUCCGAUGGCCGAAACGACGACGUUUAAUGCGUCGCGAUCGUUCAGGGAAGGAGGUAGGGUUUCCGGCACCGGUAGUCGUCGGAGAACUGCGGUGAGACCUAGUUUAGACGCCGAUGAGUUUAUGAAUCUGCUGCACGGUUCGGAUCCGGUGAAGGUUGAGCUUAAUCGGUUGGAAAAUGAAGUUAGAGAUAAGGAUAGAGAAUUGGGGGAAGCACAAGCGGAGAUCAAGGCGCUUCGGUUAUCGGAACGGUUGAGGGAGAAAGCUGUUGAAGAGUUGACUGACGAAUUGUCCAAGGUAGAUGAGAAGCUGAAACUGGCGGAGUCUCUUCUAGAAAGCAAAAAUCUUGAGAUCAAGAAAAUCAAUGAUGAGAAAAGAGCAUCAAUGGCAGCUCAAUUUGCAGCAGAAGCCACUCUUAGAAGAGUUCAUUCUGCUCAAAAAGACGAUGAUAUGCCACCAAUUGAAGCCAUCCUUGCACCGUUGGAGGCUGAGCUCAAGCUUGCUCGACAAGAGAUUUCAAAGCUACAGGAUGACAACAAAGCAUUAGAAAGAUUGACCAAGUCAAAGGAGGCUGCUCUAAUUGAAGUCGAGAGGACCGUUCAGGUUGCUUUGGCAAAGGCUUCUAUGGUGGAUGAUCUUCAGAACAAGAACCAGGAGUUGAUGAAACAGAUAGAAAUCUGUCAGGAGGAAAAUAAAAUCAUUGAUAAAAUGCAUCGCCAAAAGGUUGCUGAGGUGGAAAAGCUUACACAGACUGUACAUGAGCUUGAAGAAGCCGUUCUUGCUGGUGGUGCUACUGCAAAUGCAGUGAGGGAUUACCAGCGGAAAGUUCAAGAGAUGAAUGAUGAACGAAAAACUCUGGACAGAGAGCUAGCUCGUGCUAAAGUUACUGCUAAUCGAGUGGCAACUGUCGUAGCUAAUGAGUGGAAAGAUGCUAAUGAUAAAGUGAUGCCAGUAAAACAAUGGCUUGAUGAAAGAAGAUUCUUGCAGGGUGAGAUGCAACAGUUGCGGGAUAAGCUAGCCAUAACUGAGCGUGCUGCAAGAUCCGAAGCACAGUUAAAAGAAAAAUAUCAAUUGCGACUUAGAGUGCUGGAAGAUACCAUAAGGUCACCUAACCCUAUCAAGCGUAGCAACUCAUUUGAUGGAAAAAGCAUCAUCAACGGUCCUUCACGACGCCAGUCUUUAGGUGGAGCUGACAACUUUACCAAAUUGCCCUCCAACGGUUUGCACAAAAGAUCACCAUCUUUUCAGAUGAGAUCUGCACUUUCUGCUGGUUCAAGUUCUAUACUAAAACACGCAAAAGGUACAUCAAGGUCAUUCGAUGGUGGUACAAGAUCUGUCGACAGGAGUAAACCUAUUUCAAGUGGAUCCAACAGUCCUACUUUUAACCUUACGAAAACCCCAGAUGAAAAACCGAGUGAAUUCACAGGAACGGAAGUUGAAGAUACUGUACCGGGUUUGUUGUAUGAUUUGCUACAAAAAGAGGUGAUUUCUUUGCGGAAAUCUGGGCAUGAGAAGGAUCAAAGUCUCAAAGACAAGGAUGAUGCCAUUGAGAUGUUAUCAAAGAAAGUAGAUACAUUAACCAAGGCUAUGGAGGUCGAGGCAAAAAAGAUGAGACGAGAGGUAGCUGUAAUGGAGAAAGAAGUAGCUGCUAUGCGUGUCCAUAAAGAACAAGAUAAUAGGGCAAAACGGUUCGGGAGCUCCAGGGGUUCUACCAAUAGUUCUCAAAUAAAUCCAGCCAGGAAUAUGACACGAGGCGGGUUGACAAGGAGCACCCAAUAAUUUACAACAGAUUCACCGGGUUUCUUCUCCAACCUUUUCUUUUCACUCUUAUCAAGAUGGAUCUGGUGUCUUCCAGGACCGUGAAGAUUAAAAAAAUGGGUCGGGUUGAAAAAGUCGGUCUGGUGGGGGCCUAAUAUGGUAUUCUGUCUUACUAAUCAGCAGAGAAAUGAGUGGAGGGACUGUAAAGCUGAGCUAAACGCUCAGCAUGCUUGUGUAGUUGUGUGAGGGUAUAGGUGGCUCUGGUAUGGGUUGAAACAGGUUGGGUUGACCCGUUUUGGAAAUUUGCAGUUCAUUGUUUUGUUAUCAGCUUCUGGUGUUUUCAUCCAGGUUUGUUAAUAUUGUUGUAAUCAGAUGAAGAAAGGGAAAGAAGUUUGAGAAGUAGUUCUAUAAUUGUGUGUUGUAUUCGUAGGGUUUGCUGAUUUAGUAGUUAUACAACUCUUGUUUAUGUGCUC